AUGUACCAAUGGGCGCUUUUUUUCUUGAUGCUAGCUUUCUGUCGUUUGGGAAAUCUCCAAGAAGCUCCUGCAUGUCCCGACAAUGGCGAAUUCACCCUUAACAUUAUGAUUAGGAAACAGUUAUAUGAGCGGAUUUCAAUGCUGCAACCAUCAUUGAAAUAUGACUGCGGUCUGGAGUCAAUGGGAGGGCUGGUCCUUGGCGACCCCAACAAAAACAUGGAAGUUCUCAACUCCAAGAAAGUUCUCACUUACUACGUUUUUGGGCAAAACGGUGCAAAUCUCGAAAGGGCAAUCAGACUAUUUGUAGGUAAAUAUAGAAACGAGAUUACGAAGCUGGAAAAGGAAGAGAAAUUUGGAUGCAACUACAUCAAUGCGCAUGACAAACACCAAUUCAUCUGUAUCUUCGAGUGA